AUGGCCACCUCCUUCGCUGCCCGUCGUGGCUUCUCCACCACUCGCACCCAGCUUGCUAGCCCCUACCACUACGCCGAGGGUCCUCGCUCCAACAUCCCCUUCAACCCGCUCACCAAGUACUUCUUCUUGCGCUACUGGAGCUUCAUGAUUGCCGGAUUCGGUGCUCCCUUCGCCAUUGCCGUCUGGCAAACCUACAAGACCAAAUAA